UUUCCCGCGCUAUUAAACCCUAAUAAAUAAAAUCCACCCCCAAUUUCUCUCACAUUCACCCAAAAUUCUUCUUCUUCACUCAUUCUCAGAUCCAUAACCAUGAAAACUUCUUCAGAAACUCCUUCACAAUCUUCACACAACACCAGAUCCAAAAAACCCAAUCUUCGUAGCUCAAAAUCUUUAUUCAAAGAUCCAAUUGAACUAACCACAAAAACCCCAGAAAAAUCACUGGAGAAGCCACCACCGAUGCGAACCCGCAAUCGCGGUGUCGCACUUUCGAUAUCGGAUAUUAGAAAAGUUGCUAAGGGUCUUCAAGAUCAGAAAAAACAAAGCAAUGAAACGACAUCGUUGAAGGGGAAAUCUGCUAGAAGGCAAAUCACAUUGGCUUCUCCGCGGAAGAGCAGUGAAUCAUCCAAUCUUCCUGAGAAGUAUGAGAAUUUGGGGGAGUUUUUCGAUAGUUUGGAUAGUUCGAUUAGAUUGUUGCGAUUAAAAGGAUCGAUGACGUCGUUUAAUAAUAUCAGGCCAAAGAUUGAAACUUUAACUGAUAGGAGGUUUACGCAUGCUCAUUUGGCUCAGUUGAAGUUUAUCUUACCCGAAGCGAUUGCUAUUAAGAAGUUGUUGGUGUUUGAUGAGCGAACUAGUUGUAUGAAGCCGGAUCUUCAUGUUAGUAUAAACCCUGAUGCAGUAGAGUUUAAUGCUAAGUUGUUGUCUGAAUCUGGGACUAUGUCUCUGAGGAAGUUGUUUCGUGUGCGGCUUAAUGAGUUUUGGAAAUCCCACCCAGAGGGUGAUGAAGUUCCAGAGGAAAUGCUGCCUGAGCCAUUCAGUCGCCCAAAACAAGAUCCUCUUGUACACAUGAUGAAACCUCCUUCAUCAUUCCCUGCAGUGAAACUAUCUGUUGCACGUGCUUCUAGUGACAUUGCGGAUAAUACAGACCCUGCUAACUCAGAAAGUCAUGUGUCAGUUCCUGCUGAGACAUCAGUUGAAGCUCUUAACCAGAAGCCGGCAGUUGCCUCUCAUAUGCCUCAAUCUUUCAGAAGGCGGUUUUCUCAGAAAUUAAAGGAAAAUGUACAGCCACUUCAGUCUGAUUCAUUCCAACCCUCAGUUGUGCCAGUAUCAGAGUCAAGCUUGAGAAUAAAUUCCACCUCUGAGGUCCCUAAAAUAUCCCCACCCGAGUUCGUUGUAGAAUCAUCCAGUAGUGAAGCACAUCCUGCGAUUCAUGGUUCUUCAGACUGCUUCACACCAUCCAGAGUUACACUAGCUACACCCGAGUUCGUUGUAGAAUCAUCCAGUAGUGAAGCACAUCCUGCGAUUCAUGGUUCUUCAGACUGCUUCACACCAUCCAGAGUUACACUAGCUACACCUAGCAAAACCAUUGAGUAUGCUGAAAGCAAAGAUGGAUCCUUCAAAACCGUUGAUGCUAUGUCAACUCCAGCUAAAUUUGUAUCUACUCCAGCCAGGCUGAUGUCAGCUACACCUGCAUUGAAGCCACCUAAAAGAAGUUUUAUGACCCCAGAUGACAACUCUACCAGCUCGCCGGACAAGUUGGUUAAGCGCCCACCUCGUUCAAGGUCAUUGAAAUUUGACACUCCUAUGAAAAAUGAAAAUGAUGCUGGCGGUUUGUCAAUUGAUGAUGACAUUUUUGAUAUCCUCCCGGAUAAUCUUCUCCAUUCGAUUCAGGAAAAAGAAAGAAUAGCAAUGGAGGAAAGGGAUCCAGCUAUCUCACAAGCUAAGAAGCGGAAGAAAAUUAUUGCCAGCCUCCCUAAGCUCUUUAACAUGAUUCACAUGAUGUUUCAUUCAAUAAACCGUUCUGUUAUCACAAAAGAGGAGCUGAUGAGCAAGAUAAUUUCAAGUCACCGUGAUAUUGUUGAUAGAAGUGAAGUUGAAGAACAGUUGCAUUUGUUGUUAGAAUUAGUUCCUGAAUGGAUUUCUGAGAAGGCGGCCUCCAGUGGAGAUAUGCUAGUCUCCGUAAACAAAAUGUUGAACCCUGAAUCCUUAAGAGCAUCACUUGAAGAAGCAAAAUGAGCAAAGGAGGAGACACAUUGGAGCUUAGAAGUAUAUUGUUCUUUUCUUUUGGGCUGCUUGUAAAUUUUGAAUCUGUUUUCUUUUGACAUUCUGUGUACUUGGUUAAAUCUACUUUCUUAUUGGUAUAUUUAGGAGAGGUAAAUUUUGUAGAUCACCUCGUCUUUUUGGGCAAAUGGUGUAAUCAGAAUACAACUUGACCAUGAAAUUAACUUAGAAUGGACUGGAAAUGUUUCUUGUUGCAGAA